CAACGAGCAUCGCCGUCCGUGUCUUCUUGGCUAUAUCUUUCAGAUCUAGUUCUGCAGAAUCAAAAUACCUCUCCUCAUCGUCCCAGAUGGACUCUUCUCCAACUCCUCCGUCCCCGUCCAGAUCCCCAGUACCCCUAAACCCCAGACAGCUCACCUCCCCGCAACAAAUAGGCACUCAGCUUGCACUCCUAACCAAACGACAAGCAGAACUAUCGCUCUCUCUCAACGCCCUUGUUGCUGAUAGAGAAGAUAUCGAUGACUCCCUGGAGCAUCUGACAAUACUAGGCCAACAUGUAGAGCGAUUAGUGCAGGAAGUCGAUGGAGGUAGCCGAUCGACACACGGACAGCCUCGAGGAUUAGGCUUCCAGCCGAACGGGCACGAUAUGUAUGAAGAGGAGGAUGAGGGUUUAGUAGAGAGAGUGAGGAAGGUAUGGGAAACAAGUGAAAGGGUAGGAGGAAAAGUCAGAAGGUUGGAUGUGGAAGUAGGAAGAGUCAAGGAGUCUGUCGAUAUCGUUUCUGAAGUGAUAGAUCUUAAGAAUUCAUUAGUGACGUUAUCUCUGGCUAUUGCUAAAGAAGAUUGGGAAUCGGCCUCUCGAGCAUGCCGGAGAGCCAUGUCCGUUCGCAAGCAGGUCAUAGAUGGUAACUUUGCAGGUAACGUCGUCCCCACAUCACAAUAUCCCCUUCCGCCAUCACAAACCCUCCAAGAGUUGCGUGAUACCCUCUUACAGACAUUCCGACGUGAAUUCGACGCCGCGGUUACACGCAAGGAUCAGCCUGGCGUUAGCCGAUUCUUCAGGCUUUGGCCUGCUAUUGGAGCAGAGGAAGAAGGUCUGGAAGUUUACGGUAAUUUUGUUGUCGAUCUAGUAAAGGCAAGAAAUCCUACAACUGGAAAGGCAUCAUCACCUUUAUACUAUCUGACCUCCCUUACAAACCUUCUCGAAUCCAUUGCGCAUAUUAUCGAUCAGCACCAACCGGUCGUCGACAAAUACUACGGCCCAGGACGUAUGGUCGCGGUUGUCGGGCGUCUUGUUGGCGAAAGCGACAGAGUAGUGAGAAACCUAGUCGAGGGAUGGGAAGAAGAAAGACGAGUAGGCAGAUUAAUAGGCGAUACCAAAUCAUCUUCCUUCCUUCUCCUUUCCAACCCAUCCCUUUUUCCGCCUCUCUUUCCUAGCCUCCUCCCAUCCAAUGCUAACCCUAUAACACUCGCCACACUAGCAAACUCCACAACAUCAGCACUUCCCAAUCUCUCUUCUGCUUCACAUCUCCUCCAGUCAUAUACCCAUGGCGGUAGGAAAUCUACGCCGACACAGGCACCUUCAUCGGCAUCAUCACAGGCGGGUGGUCAGCAGGAGCAUGAGCAGGAGGGACCUGACCCAAGGGAUGUUGACAAGGUGUUGGGUGAGCUGGUGGCUUUAGGAGGAAGGUGGGCGUUGUUUAGGCGGUUCAUUUGGAGCCGUAUCGCAGACGAGGAUGAAGAUGAAAGUGAAAAAAAUGGCGAAAAGAAGGAAGAGAAGGGGGAAUUGCCCGAAAAGAAGCCAUAUGAGGUUCAGAUGGGGAUACUUGAACAGUCAGGAAGUCAACGAGCAAUCGAGAACUUGCUCAAGGUCUAUUAUGAACCCUUAGAAUUUUGGUUCUUGCGAAUGAGUAUCGAAAAGGCCCAUAAGAUCGAUACUCCCGACCUCACCACCCAACCCCAUCUCUCCUCCAUCCUCGACGAUACAUUUUACCUCCUCAAACUCGUCUUAUCCCGUCUCCUCUCAUGUGGAUCGCUCUCCACUUUGAAGAACAUGAGAAGGAAAGUGACAGAGGUCUUGGAAAGGGAUUAUACGGAUGCGAUUAGGAGAAAGAUGGAUAACGUGCAUUCGCUUGCUGGUGGUGAUAGAACGGAGAGAGAAAGAAGGGAGAAGGAUCAAAGGGAGGCAUUUAGUAUAUACUUGAACGACCUUGAUGUCUCUGCAGACUACAUGGAGCGCCUCGUCGAUGAGACACUUCAACGUAUACCGCAAGUCUUCAUAGAACCAGAGAUAGUCAGCGUCAAAGACGAGCUAGAAGGGUUCAAGGAUAUCGGUAACAGGUUCAAAUCCGUAUGCAAGACUGGUCUCGAACAAUUAUUCAACCAACUCACUCGGCCCCGUCUUCGCCCAAUCCUUGACGAUGCUUACCGAGACAUCAACUAUCUUCUUGAUGACGAUGCGUUCCAAGAAGCGGAGGAGAUGGAUCUGGUGAGGAAAAGGUUUGUCAAGAGUUGGGAUAGCUUGAUCCUCGGGUAUCGCGGGAGUUUUACGGAACACAACUUCCAGGCAUUCUUCAGCUUGGCUGUCGAGGUGCUUGUGAGGCAUUGGGAGAAAAUGAUCUUGUCCAUGCGUUUCACAGAGCUGGGUGCAAUCCGUUACGAAAGGGACAUUCGAUCUGUGGCAAACUAUUUGUCUGCUCAAACAUCUUUCGGUGGGGCUAGAGAGAAAUUUACCCGACUGCAGCAGAUCGGGACGAUCUUGAACUUGGACGCGGAGGAGGAUCCACAAGAAUUUUACAGUAACUCGGGCGUACCAUGGCGAAUCAGUAAAGUGGAGUAUGAUAGCAUUUUAGAGCAAAGACAGUGAUGAUUUUCCUGGGAAAAAUACGGCAUACAUCGUUAUGCAUUU